UUAAAUCUGAUACUAGUACCGCCUAUAAAGAUAUUCAAGAAACCCAAAAAAAAGGACAAUCGGAUCACAAAAAUAAAGCAGUUAUUAAUUUAGACGAAGAAGAUCGUCAAUCCAAGAGAAGAAAGUCUUAG